AUUUUCUUACUCCGUUUAUUUUCUCAACCCAAAACACACACCUUUUUUUCCCUUAUCCGCCCCACCCACGAAACGAUCGCCAAUCGACUCAAAGCAACACGCGCUCGAAAUUGACUGGGGAUGAAUCAGAUGAUUUCUCCGGAAAACCCUAAUUGGCUCUAUGAUUAUGGCGUUAUUGACGAAAUUCCCGUAUCAGGUUGUGAAUUUCAGGCGCCGGCAACCGGGUUUCACUGGCCUCCUUCACAGGGCUUGAACGGUUCAUCUGCUGUCAGUGCAGAAAUUGAUGGCUCCUUGGGGGAUUCAGAUACCUUAGAGGAAACGGGCUCCCGGAAAAGGGUGAGGUCAGAAUCAUGCUGUGCUUCUGGGUCCAAAGCAUGUAGGGAGAAAAUGCGGAGAGAUAGGCUGAAUGAAAGGUUCGUGGAGUUGGGUUCCAUACUUGAACCUGGAAGGCCACCCAAAAUGGAUAAGGCGGCUAUAUUGAGUGAUGCUGUUCGCAUGGUGACUCAGUUGUGCAGUGAAGCCCAGAAACUGAAGGAGUCAAAUGAAAGCCUACAGGUGAAAAUGAAAGAGUUGAAGGCUGAGAAGAAUGAGCUUCGGGAUGAGAAACAGCGGCUAAAGGCAGAGAAGGAGAAGCUGGAGCAACAAAUUAAGGCCACGAGUGCUCAACCAGGGUUUCUGCCUCACCCUUCUACCAUCCCGGCUGCAUUUGCUGCCCAAGGCCAAGCUGCUGGCAACAAGCUGAUGCCAUUUGUUGGUUACUCGGGAGUUGCAAUGUGGCAAUUCAUGCCACCUGCUUCUGUCGACACCUCGCAAGAUCACGUUCUGCGACCACCAGUUGCAUAAGUCGAACAGAUUUCAAUGAUUGGUCUUUGUUUAGAUCAAGUCAUUGAUGUUGACUAUGUCAGAUUUCUCUUGUCAGAAAAACCAUAUUAAGUUGGUUCAGAUUUCCCUGGGAGCUUGGGAACUUCCCUCUUGAUUGAUGCUGAUAUCUUGUUAGUGUUCAAUAAGCAGCAGAUCAUGUAAUUUAGAUUUCGGUUUUCUAGUUGUUUGUACCUACAUCCCAUGCCUGUGUUGAAACA